GCAAAUUGCUCGUCGUCGGCAGGUGCCCGAUUUAUCAAUCAAAACCCCCGACGCCACCGCCGCCUCGUCCUCGCCCAGAUCCAAAUCCGAGCGCCGACCCGCGCGCGCCCAUGAAUUUCUUCAGCUCCGUCUUCUCCGCCCCCACCGAGGAGGAGGGCGAGGGGCAGCGGGAGGGGGAGGAGCAGGAGGGGAACCAAGAGCCGGCGGCUGAGCAGUCGGGCGGAGGGUGGAUUUUCGGCGGGCUGAUCGAUACGCUCAAGGAGGAGAUCGAGGAGCAGCGGAGAGUGAAUGAGUCGGCCGCCGCGGAGGAGGACGAGGAGGAGGCCCAGCCUGGGGCCGAGGGGGAGGCUGGCUCCGGCGGCGGGUGGAUCUUCGGCGGGCUGAUCAAGACGCUCGCGGAGGAGAUCGAGGCGCAGCGGAAGGAGCAGGAGGCCAUUGCAGCCGCCGCGGGGGAGGGGGAGGGGGAGCGCGAGCGGGGAGCCGAGGCCGAUGCGGCGGCGACGCCGGCGGACGAGGAGGGCGAGGGUUCUGGCGGCGGGUGGAGCUUCGGCGGCCUGAUCAAGACGCUCGCGGAGGAGAUUGAGGCGCAGAGGGACGAGCAGGGGUCUGCCGCCGAGGCGGCGGAUGAGGAGGGAGAGCGGGGAGCUGAUGUUGAAGCGGCGGCGGCGGAUGGGGAGGAGGGUCCAGAUGGCGGGUGGAGCUUCGAGGGCCUGGUGAAGACGUUCGCGUCGCGGUCCGAGACGGUGCUGGGAGGCUAUCGCCGCGACCUCCAGGACCUCGGCUCGGGGCUCCGCCUCGAGACAGCCGCGCUCCGGGCCGCAGCCGCGCGCGCCGCCUCAGCGCUUCCCGGCGCGCUGGAGGCCGGCGCGUCCGCCGCCUCCGACAGGCUCGAGUCCGUCGGCCAGGCCGUCGACGACCUCGGUGCCGCCGCCGCCGGCCUCCUCUCGCAUGCCAACGAGGCCCUCCGGUCCGCCGAAGCUGACGGCGAGGAUGGUGACGGUGCUCCCCGUCCCUCUGACGCCUCAGCUUCUGGUGCUUCCUGGCGUGCCUCCCUGCCAUCCAAGAAGUAUACCAGGUUUGAGGCUCAGGUCUUGGCGCUGCGGGCUGAUCCUGCCACGUUCACCGAGGAGCCUGAGGACUCCGAGGGCUUUGCCAGAUGGAAUAGCUCGUUCUCAAUUGACGAGAUGAGGGGGCAGAUAGAGGGAGUGCUCCGUGAAAGCCCUGGACUAGAGAGCUUUGUGGAGAGGCUUGUGCCGUCAGUUGUGGAUUAUGAGACAUUCUGGUCCCGUUACUUCUUUGCAGUCGAUAAGCUCAGGCAGGCUGAGGAUGUCCGCACUAAACUCGUGAGCAGGGCAAUGUCGAAGGAGGAGGAUGAAGAGCUCAGUUGGGAUGUUGAUGAUGACGAUGAAGAGACAAAUUCCAGUGAUCACAAAGAAGGCACAAACUCCAUGGUAGAUAAGAAAGAGGAGCAAACAGCAGAGCCUAUCAACCAUGAAACAGAGGGCAGUGGGAAACAAGCAGUGGUUGAAAAUGAUUCAACAAAAGAUAAGGAGGUAGCUUUGGCGGCAGCAAAGGAUGGUAAUGGUGAAUCCAGUGUUGAAACAUUGACGCCAAAGUCGAGCGAUGGAGCAGGACAGGAUGAGAAGACUGAAGCUGGUGACUCAUCUAAGGAGAGUGAUUUUUCAGUGGUGUCUCAACCAUCAGUGCAGGAGGAAGAUCUUAGCUGGGAGGAGAUUGAGGAUGUCGGAGAUCAAGAUGAGAAGAAAGGGGCCAGCCCACAGUCAAGCUCUGUUAACAAAGUGGAGGAUCUCCGAAAACGUCUUACUUCCAUGGAAGAUGAUGAGGACCUAAGUUGGGAUGUUGAUGAGUAGGAAGAACCUCAGCAAUCCUGGAUUGAGUGGUUUGAUGGCCAAACUGCCAUAGUUUUACCACUUUAAGCAUGAAUUGGAUCUGCAUGGUGCCAUAAAUAUGGAUACGCUUUAUGGAUGGAUUGGCAUAUGAUGUGAAUAUUGUGAUGGUACACCAGUGAUUCAAAUUCGGUGGGGGCUGUACGUUUGAUUAGCCCCCCUUGCAAGAACUUGAUAGAAUUGUAGUGUUUUUGUUAGUGCUGGUACUUUGCUUCCACUUAGUAUCCAUUUGUUGCUAGUCGAAUGUACCACUUUUGUGUUUGAAUAUGACACAUUCAGAUUAUUUACACAAGUGUACUCAUAGAUUCACAUAGUAUAAACAUUUGAAUUGCGAAACUAUUCAUCCA